AUGACUGACGUUAAUGUUGAAAAGCCGUGCUCAUCCUCAUCUAAGCAGAAGUCAGACUUCAAUAACCGUUUUAGAAAGCUGCAUCAGCUGAGGCAACAGUCAAGGAAGGCAAAUCAUGAACAAGUUGUUGAGGAAGACAGGAAGAAAAAACUUCCUGCAAAUUACGAAGCAAAAAAAGCUCGCGACGAAUGGGAGUUACAAGAAAUGGAGGAAAGAAAGAAAGCUGAAGAACAAGGUCUGGAUUACGAUCGCAUCAAGGCUUUGAACACACCAGCAGAUGUGGUAGCUAGAAUAGAAAUGAAAAGGAAGCGCAAGAAGAAUCCCGACCAAGGUUUUUCAAGUUAUGAAGAUAUGACUCUCCGUCAGCAUACUCGUCUAACAACUUCUUUGAAGCCCGAUGCAGAAUCUUAUAAAAAGAUGCGACAGAUAGUUGCUUCAAAUUUGCUUACUACCUGUCAGGGGCAAAUGUCAUUUCCAGGUUAUGAAGAUAUGACGCUCCGUCAGCAUACUCGUCUAACAACUUCUUUGAAGCCCGAUGCGGAAUCUUAUAAAAAGAUGCGACAGAUAGUGGGUGAAGAACAAUUUUACCCAACUGCAAAUACUUUAAUCCAUGGUUCACAUUAUCCAACAUCUGCAGCUAUGGAAAAGCUCGCUAGCGAGGUUCAGGGACAAGUGAAGCGGCGAGAACAGUUUCAUCGCCGUCGUAUGUUCGACCCGGACGCACCGAUCGACUAUAUCAACGACAAAAACAUGCGGUUCAACAAGAAGCUCGAGAAGUUUUAUGGUCAGUAUACCGAAGACAUCAAGGCGAGUUUCUUGUUUCUUGCAACUUCAGUAUUGAUUUUGCAUGAAACUUUGUUUUCGCUAUCAAAUUCAUCUUGCUAUGGAACAGAAUCAAUUUUAGUAUUUCUACGUAAGGCCUUACCUAGACUAGUGUUAUAUCCAUUCUACGCUGAAUAA